AUGAAUCUAGUCACGUCGGUCGUUCGACAAGCUAACUCUGUUGCACGUACCAUUCCUGCCACGUUUCUUCGGGGAGGGACUUCCAAAGGCAUUUUUCUCCAACGAUCACAUCUGCCCCAAGAUACAUCCAAAUGGAAUGAAAUUUUCCUUGGGCUCAUGGGAUCUCCUGACGCAGAAUACGGCCGACAGCUGGAUGGUAUGGGCGGAGGUAUAUCUAGCUUGUCAAAAAUUUGCGUCGUUCAACCUGCAUCUUUGGAGCAACUACAAACGCUCGGCGUAGAUGUAGAGUACACUUUUGUACAAGUGGGUAUACGUGAUUCCACCAUAGAUUAUUCAGGAAAUUGCGGGAACCUAUCGAGUAUGAUUGGAGUUUUUGCCCUAGAUGAGGGCAUGGUGGACAAUACCGCCCAAAGGAUUCAAAACAGUCGUAUUACCGUCCGUGCUUUUAACACAAAUACCCGGAAAAUUGUCAACACUACUUUCCCUAUUGAUCCUGAUUCUGGUAUGGCAGACCUUACACUUCCGGAAACACGUAUUGCAGGUGUUUCUGGUGAAGCAUCCCAGAUUCAGCUUGACUUUCACAAGCCGAGCGGGGCGAGAACAGGGAAGUUACUGCCUGCGGAAGUACCCAUGACCAAGCUGGAAAUCACAGAAGGUACUUUUUGUGCCUCUUUAGUCGAUGCAACAAACCCUACAAUCUUCGUCGAUCGGGCUGAAAUUGUUAACGUGUCGAAGACCGAAGAUCCUGGCUCCCACGAACAGCUACGAUUGUUGGAGAUCCUGCGGCGCGAGGGUGCUAUUCGUAUGGGUCUUGACCCUAACGCACAAGCUCAGCCUAAAAUUGCAAUGCUCAGCCCCCCUAAGGCAACUGAUAGCGAUGCAGAUAUCGAGAUAAUCGCACUUUCCAUGGGCGUACCGCACAAGGCAGUUCCAAUGACUGUUGGUUUAUGUCUUGGCGUUGCUGCUAAUACACGGGGCACUUUACCAUCUAAAUUUCUUCGGAGGAAAAUCGUGGGCGAGUCAAAGCUGGUGAAAUUGCGGCACCCAGGUGGUGUUGUGGAGGUGGGUGCCCUAUUUGACACGGAAGGAAAGGUGGAGAGUGCCAGUGUGAUACGGACAGGGCGAAGGCUGAUGAAAGGAUACGUUUGGUACUGA